AGGGGUAAUAAAGCCAUCACUAGACUACAAGCUUGAUGUAGGGGAACUAAAAGCUUUUAUUUUUUGAAUACCUUGAGAAGUCAUUCGCGAUCAUUUUUAUGGUCGUUCAUUCUCUUUCACUCUAGCUCUACCAUUUCCUAUCGUGUUGAUAAUUUGAGAUUUUUCUUCAUUUUUAACUACAGUUAGUAAGCGAUCCAGCGAAAACAUGGAUUCCCAUCUAGUUUGUGCGCCUGCGGAGUUGCUGCUACAUGCAGGAGCCGACGGCGCAGAGGAUCUUCACCUAGGCUCCGAGGACAAUGAGUCUUGCGUCGACGGGCCACCGGCUAAGCGUGCUCGGAUGUUGUGCUGUCAAUGCGGCAUCCCAAUGCAGAGUAAUGGUAGCUCCAUGUGCCUCCAGUGCAUGAAGAGUAGUCUCGAUAUCACCGACCAUUUGGCUAGAAGUGUGGUCUUGCCCCAUUGCCGCGAAUGCGAGCGCUACUUGGGUGAUUCCCGAUGGAUGACCUGUGAACGCGAGAGCAAGGAACUUUUGGCUCUAUGCCUGAAGAAAAUCAAAGGUACGGUCUUACACUUACAACACAGCUCUUGUUCUUGAUGAAGCUCUAGGUGUACGGUUCUGGUAUUUGGUAACCUCCUGAAUUUGAUCACAAGGAUUCUCUUCUUGUUUUCCUUAUGAUCGAAAUCAGGUUACCAAAUACCAGAACCAUUCACUAUCACUAGGUAGAUCUAUUAUAUAUAAGAUUACAAAAGUCUUUUCGCAACUACGGAUAUUCUUGCCUUUCCAGUGAAAGCUACCUCUAGCUCUAUCUCUACGACCAAUUAUAAUCAUAGGUCUGAAGAAGGUGAAACUUUGCGAUGCCGCUUUUGUGUGGACCGAGGAGCACUCCAAGAGACUGAGGGUUAAGCUCACUCUGCAAAAAGAGAUCGAUGCCGGCGCCAGUUUGCAGCAAGAACUGGUGAUCGAGUUCGUGAUCCAUAACCACCAGUGCGAGGACUGCAAGCGCUCGUACACACCCCACACGUGGAAAGCCGCAGUGCAGGUGCGACAACGCGUGGAUCAUCGACGAACCUUGAUGCAUUUGGAACAGCUGAUCCUGAAGCACGAGGCGCACUCCCAACUGCUGUUUUUGCAGCAGAGUCCAGAAGGCUUGGAUUUUCACUUUCUCAGUCAGAGUCACGCCAACCGAUUCGCAGACUUCGUGAAGCAGUGGUCACCAUGUCGAUUAGAGAAGAGUCGCACGCUCGUCUCCCACGACACGAAGAACAACAAAUACAACUACAAAUACACAAUCAUGAUCACGCUGGCACCGAUAUGCAAGGACGAUUUGGUGUACCUGCCGAAAAAGAAGGCGGCGGCGUACGGUCUGGCAGGGCAAUUGCUGCUCGUGCACAAGGUACAACUUCUGGUCAUAAGUACUAUACCACAAAUAAAGAAAAUCAUGUCUAGAUGUCUGCUGAAUACCUUUAUUUUUCGCCACGACAGUGCCACCGACCUAUAAAGAGAACUCUUCAUCUUUGGGACAACAUUAGGAACUACAAAUCCCAAAGUAGAAUACGCCAAUUCCUCCAAGGCUCACUGAAGACUCUGUUUCUGAAACUGAAAACAAAUCCACACUCUAAACAAAUCAAACAAAUCCACAAUGAAUCUAAACAAAUCAAUCAAAACAAUGACAAAAACAAAUCCACAAAUCAAAAAAAAAAGGUGGGGACGAGCAUUUCCCUUGUAGAUCCAUGCACGUGUUUGGGAUGCGAUGUUGCUGCAGUGAAAUAUUGGGAAAACCCAGCAGAUGUCGUCAUGACCCGCAAACACUUAACCGAGUUUCUAGUGAUGGACAAAGAGGUACUAGCUUAGUGUUAGUAUGUUGCUUAAUGUCUAUGCUGGAGUUUUGGACUUGGAGUUAAAAUCUAACUGUGUAUGUACUAUUAUAAUAUGUAUGAGAGGAUGAUUUAGAUUCUACAGGAGUUGUUCUUCUAGUUCUAGUACACAUUGUUGAUAAGAAGCAACAUCCCUCUACAAGUACAACAACUCUUAUUUGUUUAGUUAGAGAAGUAGCUUGUGGGCCAUGGGCGACACUAAAGAAUGUACAAGUAACGGCCUGAAUCUUUGAUAUCAGAUGUUAGAAGAGAAGAACGUUAGUGUGAAACGUCGUGGACCUCGCGCCCACAUGGGCUUGGCCGAGGUCGAAAUUGCUCGAGUCAGCGAACUGAAUGGAGGAGGCGACGGAGAUCUAAAACUCAUCCGAGUGAGGACGCACCUCGGAAACCUCUUGGAACCUGGAGACCGGGUCUUGGGCUACGACGUGAGUCGGGUAAACAUCAGUGGCGAAGACGACAACAGUUAAGGCUCCUGAUGUCGUAGUUCUAGAUCUAGUUCCCUUAGUUAAUAAAUUAUCCAUCUUGUUUUUUGAAAGAUGACAUUAUCCAUCUUUAUUUACUUUUUGAAAGACAUAAAUUAAAGACCUUCCACUAGUAAAGGCACUGCAAACGCCUCAUGUUAGGCACAUUCAUUCAUUCAUCUUUUUGAAAGACAUGAUCCUAGGACGAGAGAGUCUGCUUUUCAAGGGGAAAAAUAGGGACUUACUCCUAGGAAGAUGUAUAUUAAUUUCGAGAAGUAGAUGGUGAUGGAUCAGGGUAUUCAAAAACUGAAAAUAUCCGAGUUACUGACUGAAAUUCGCGAGGUAGCUUAAGAACGCCAAGGCUACUCUUCCUUCUCGUUCUCAUCAGUAUCUCGGUUAAUAUUCUGAGGAGUUACUUGCUUAAAUUUCAGUAGUUUUUCGAAUACUGACUAGGCUCUAAAACAGAGUCGCUGGGUCGUCCUCUGAGGAGUUAUUUGCUUAAAUUUCAGUAGUUUUUCGAAUAGACUUAUACUAGGUAGCAUAAUUACUAGGGUACUUCUCACUUCUAGUGGCUCUAAAACAGAGUCGCUGGGUCGUCCUCUUCCGGAUCGAGUACGAGGAAGAAGAACAAGAGUGCAGGUGGCGGAGGCUCGACCAUGGACAUGGAGCGAAAUAACAUUCCAGAUGUGAUUCUUGUCCGGAAAAUGUUCGUGUCUUGCCCGGUUCGGAGAGCAGCGAGACGAAAAUUCCAGCUGAAGCGACUGGCGGUAAAAGACCAAGAUCUAGGACGAGGACAGCGCGCCGCGAAGGUCGCGCACGAGGAAAGAGACUUCGAGCACUUUCAGCAAGACAUAGAGGAAGACGCAGACCUGCGAAAAGAUGUCCGGCUCUUCAAGGUGAAGACGCACAAAGUUGGAGGAAACAGUAAUACUUCUACUAGUGCUGUCGACGGAGCAGCUUGUAGUGGAACAACUAGUAGACCAGACGCAGCAGCUAUCAGAGGCUCUACUCCUAGUGAAGACGGCGACGAAGAAGAAACAACACCAUCAUCACUCGACAAGAGAAGUCCAUUAGUAGCUAUGCCGGAGGAUAACGAGGAUGACUAUGCAAUGCCGGAGGAUGUUCCCAUGAACGAAUUGAACGAGCUCAUGGGUGCUCUCACCGUAGCUGGUGGCCAACAGACAGCAUUAGGCGAUGAUGAAAGUGAGAGCGACCCUGAUCUGUAAUUAUUUGCAAUUCCACAUAUCUGAUCUCGUAAUAAUACUUGUAAUAGGUUUAAAGAACGGCAGCCCGAAAAUUCUUCUGCAAUUGAAUUUCCUUCUUGAAUUUCCACGACCAUAAGACUAUGUAUAUGUCGUCUCACAUUAAAGGCCCAAAUCGG